AUGGCUUCAGGGGGCGGUCGCCGAUGGCAACAGUUCCUGCAGGAGCUGGUCAUGAUUGCCGGCACAUCGGCCUCUGCAUACUUCCUUAUUCGCUACCUCCUGUCGCGCGUUGAUUUCGAUCCAGAGAGCCAGAAGAAAGAGGAGCAAAAGCGGAAGUCUGCUGCUAUCCUACGCAGAUUAGAUGGCGGAGAUGAAUCGGACGGCGACUCGCCGCGGAGAGGAGGGACAAAACGGGGAGGACGCCGACAACGUCGCGGGGAGCUCUCACUCACUCAAUAUGAACAUGCGAUCGCUAUGGACGUUGUCGCUCCGGAAGAUAUCGCCGUCUCUUUCGAAGACAUUGGAGGGCUCGACGACAUCAUCGACGAAUUAAAGGAGUCGGUCAUCUACCCGUUGACCAUGCCGCACUUGUACACCUCUACAUCAUCUCUUCUCACCGCGCCUUCGGGCGUGUUGCUCUAUGGUCCGCCGGGAUGCGGCAAGACCAUGCUGGCUAAAGCCCUCGCCCACGAGAGCGGAGCCUGUUUCAUCAACUUGCAUAUCUCAACGUUGACGGAGAAGUGGUACGGAGAUUCCAACAAGCUUGUCAAUGCAGUAUUCUCUCUUGCGCGCAAACUCCAGCCCUCCAUUGUCUUCAUUGACGAAAUCGACGCGGUGCUCGGGACUCGGAGAAGUGGCGAGCACGAGGCCAGCGGGAUGGUCAAGGCAGAGUUCAUGACGCACUGGGACGGUCUGACGUCCGCCAACUCUAUGGGAGAGCCGCAGCGCAUUGUCGUUCUCGGCGCAACCAACCGCAUCCAGGAUAUCGACGAGGCCAUCCUCCGACGAAUGCCCAAGAAGUUCCCGGUCACCCUCCCUCCGGCGCCGCAGCGACUUCGCAUUCUCAGCCUGAUCCUCAAGGACACCAAGGUCGAUCGGGACAAUUUUGAUCUGCACUAUCUGGUCAAGACAAUGGCCGGUAUGUCUGGUAGCGACAUCAAAGAAGCGUGUCGCGAUGCCGCCAUGGUCCCUGUGCGGGAACUCAUUCGCCAGAAGAAAGCUAGUGGCGCGCAAAUGACAGCAGUUGAUCCUCAAGAAGUGCGCGGUCUUCGCACAGAGGACUUUUUUGGUCGCGCUGGUGGUAUCAAAGUCAUACCGCAGCCUCGGCCGGCCGCAGCCAAAGUGGUGGCCAACGACGCGGAUAAGGAAGAGAAGGAAUGGAGCACCGAGGAUGAAACAUCCUCUGAAGCCGACGCGCGACCUGCAGUGAUGGCUGAGCCCCCAGAGUGA